AUGGCUUUGGAAAUGGUAGAAUUUAGUAUAGUUAGAACAAAACUGAAAUCAUUCUUUGAUAAAUCUGGAGUUGUUCUGUUCAAAUCAUUGUUAAUUACAGGAUCAAUUUUCUACUUAUUCAACAUCUUCUUUGCUAACCAGUCUUGCUGCCAAUCUCCACAGCUCUUCACUUCAUUACCCCAUGGAUGGGAUUCAUAUGCUCGCCAUAGUUUUUCUAAUGCUUCUUCUACUGACAUUAGCCACAUUGUGUUUGGAGUAACAGGUAGCAUCAAUACAUGGAGAAACAGGAGACAUUAUAUUGAAGAAUGGUGGCAGCCCAACAUCACCAGGGGAUAUGUAUGGUUAGAUAGAAUUCCAUCAGAAUUACUCCCAUGGUCUCCAUCUUCUCCCCCUUACCGUGUUUCCACCGACACCACGGAAGCUUUCAAAGAUUACAACAGACAUGGGAUGCCGGACGCAAUUCGAAUGACCCGUGUGAUCUUGGAAGCAUUUAGGGAGUCUAAUGAAAGUGUUAGAUGGUAUGUGAUCACUGAUGAUGAUACUGUAAUUCUUGUGGAAAAUCUAGUGGAGCUUCUUGCUCGGUAUGAUCACAACAGGUAUUACUAUAUUGGGAGGAACUCAGAGUCCAUUUCAGCAAACGACUGGAACUCAUUUGAAAUGGCAUUUGGUGGAGCUGCUUAUGCUUUGAGUUACCCACUUGUCAAGGCUCUUGUCAUCAACUUGGACGAGUGUAUCAAGAGAUAUCCCACCUUGUAUGGAAGUGAUCAUAUCUUACAGUCCUGUAUCAUUGAGUUUGGUGUUUCACUCACUCAUGAAAGAGGAUUUCAUCAGAUUGAUCUGCACAGAAACAUAUGGGGUUUCUUAUCAGCCCAUCCACAAACUCCACUGAUCUCCCUCCACCACAUUGAUGUAGUUGAGCCUAUCUUCCCAUCCAUGGAUCGCCAUCAAUCUCUCAAACACCUUAUGGAAGCUGCAAAAGUUGAUUCCUCUCGUCUGUUACAACAAACCAUCUGUUACCACAAGAAGAGCAAUUGGUCUUUCUCCAUCUCAUGGGGUUACUCUGCUCAAAUCUAUGAGAAGAUUCUUCCUCCAAGUGUUCUUCAGAGACCACUUCAGACAUUCUUACCUUGGUCUAACGGGGCCCGACUUGGUUUCAUGUUUAACACCAGACCAAUCUCCAAUGACCCUUGUGAAGCUCCUCAUGUCUUCUUCUUUGGAUCCGUAGAAAGAGCUAGCAGAACCCAGGUCAUUACCAAUUACACUCGGAGCUGGCCACGUGACCUACCAACUUGUUUGUCUGGUGGGAAUCAUUCUGCAGACUCCAUCUCAGAGAUUCGAGUCUUCUCUCCUGUGAAGAGACUUGAUUGGGUUGGGAGGAGGGAAUGCUGUGAUAUUGUGAGGUUUCUUGGCCUCAACAUUACAGAGGUCAGAGUUAGGGGUUGCAAGGAUGAUGAAAUAGUGGCAUAGACAUGGCUUUUGAUGUUUUUGAUAUUUAUGAUCUUUAACAAAGCAUUUUCGUUCUCUCA